AUGAAGUUCUAUUUGAUAAUUCUUGUUCUUUCUGAGAAAGUACAGAUUAGUCUUUUAUCUAAAGUGGAAAAUGUCUUUCUCUACGUGCAGUCUGGCAUGACACAAUCCGAUGCAUGCGUUUUAAAGGAAACCCCAGUAAAUAAUUCAACAGUCUCUGCUUUGUUAAAAUGUGGCAUUCACUGUAAUGCCCUUUCACAGUGUGUUGGUGUCGAUAUCAUAGGAAAAGAAGCAAAACGCUGUCGCCUUUUGUAUGGAUACCCAGCUCUUAUAUCAACUCACACGGCAUCAGACGAAACUGUUAGAUAUCAAAAGUCCACUGGAGUCAAUACUGGAACAGAUUUGUAUUGCUCUGUGCAAUUAUCAACAGGGCAAAUCUUAUCUACCUCGUGUAAUCAAGGGACUCAUCUGUGGGUGAUCAUUCAGAGACGUUUUGAUGGAUCAGAGAAUUUUUUUAGAAACUGGACAGCCUACGAAAAUGGGUUUGGAUCUAAAGAAUCAGAGUUCUGGUUAGGUAACCGGAACAUUCAUAGAUUAACAAAUGAUGGCUUUGUAUACCUUCGAAUCGAAAUGAUGGAUUAUGACUGUGUUUGGAAGUAUGCAGAGUAUUCAACCUUUUAUAUAGAAUCUGAAAACUGGAAGUUUAGAUUGCAUGUCAAUGGUUAUUCAGGGAAUGCAGGAGACAGUAUGUUGCUCCAUAACGGAAUGCCCUUUAGUACGUACGACAUGGACAACGAUAACUGGUUGAAUAACUGUGGUUCAUUUUAUCGGGGGCUUGAUGGUAUAAUGUCUGCCACAAUUCAAAUCUCAACGGGGAGUAUGGAAACACAUCUUUUGGCAAAGGGAUCAAUUGGUACACUUGGAAAGGCUUCUAUUACUCAAUGAAGGAAGUCAGAAUGAUGAUUCGAAAACCCUAAAGUUGAAAGUCUUAGAGAUUCUAUCGGCCUAUCAAGGAAUUGUCCUUGUCUCUUUCUUAUAAAAAGGAUAUUUAGUGUUUUUUGAAAUCUGUAAUUAUUUGUGUAUUUAAUCAAAUGUUCAAUUAACUGCUUAAUAAUAUAAACAUUGAUUAUAAGAGUUUGUAUACUAAACU